AUGGUAGGCUUAAAAUCUAAAGUUUAUACGGAGAAACCUCCCCACUACCACAUGGACAUUACUAGUACGACAACCAAGUAUACUCAUGGUCAUUGUAAUAUUGAUUUAUUCAUUCAUUUCUCCCAUCUUUAUAAGGAGAGAGGGAUAAGAAAUCGUCUUGACCCCGGAGUUGAUGUGACUAGGGACCAUGGCUGGCUAGUAGAUACUAGAAAGAUUGGUGACAAGAGUGGGGAUGAUAAAAGUGAUGCUAGUAGUGUUGUUGAUUAG